AUGACUUCCCAUCUUCCCUCGAGCUUCGCCUCGGCCGCCUCUGGCCAGAACCGUGACGGCAGGUCAGGCGGGAGAAAUGAUGCGACACGGGGUGCCGGCAGCGGAGAAUGGUUGCGACGCGACGGUCGAUCAACAAAUGGAACCCUCACAUUCCGCCGAUCCUCCAACGCUCCCUUCAACCAGUCAACGCCCUUGGCCCCAGCGGACAUCCCCCAGACCUCUGCAUCCGAAACGACACUCGCAUCGGCGAACUCACAGACACCUGCUUAUGACCACCCCGGCUCCGGCACGUUUCGCUACACCAGGGAGGAGCUGUUGGAGCUCUUCAAGGCAGCCCACCAUUCGGCGCAGCCCGAUCUCGCCAACCUCCUUGAGCCCACGUGGAAUCCGGGGUAUGUAAACGGGAACUCUGCACGGCCGUGGGGCAAGAGCGAAUCCUCGCAUGUCCCGCAAGACCCCGGUGUUUGUUGGGAUACGAGUGGGACAACACACCCGAUUGGGCUCCAAGAUAUGUCUGCCGAGGAGAGGGAGCUGUUUGUUUCGGAUGUCAACUCGCCGUUGAAGUUGCCGCAGCAGAAUAAAGAUGGGAGCCACCCAGGCGGCGCCGGAGGACAGAACGGGCGCAAGGCUUCGGUAUCCCACGGAAGUGUGAGCAAUUACGGCAUGUCCUCCCCGUCCACGGCGUCGAGGCCGGGGACUCGGCGCAGGGAGACCACCGAUACGAACCCAUUCCCCGCCAGCGCCGGUCUAACCUCCCCGACGGCCACGAGUCGAUUUUCGCGGGACGAAGCCUCUUCGUGGUUUGGCCGCAAGAAUGCCGAUGCGAAAGAGCCUGCUUUGGAUGAGCCGGCGGAGGAGAACUUCAAUGCCCGUGAUCAGUCCUCUAGGGGCCCGCCCUUUGGAAGUCUGAGCCGUACCAACACGGCGGGCACCCCUGGCUUUGCCGCUUCGUCUACUAUCUGGGGAAAUACGGGAACUGCGAACACGGGCACCUCGUCAUCCGGCGUCGGAAAUUUUGGCAACUUUUCUCUUGCGGCACAGGCUGCUGCCGGCAACAAGCAAUUCGGGAGCGGCGGUGGAAGUCGUCUCGCCCACUUGAUGCCCAAAGACGGCCCCGAAGGCGUGCCUUCGAAGGCCAACGAAGGCGCGAAUCCCGAUCUGAACCGUUCGUGGCGGGCCCGCCCAAGAACCGACACGGAUCCCUUCGGAACCGACAACCAGCUCUCGGGUAGCGCCGUCUUGGGUGGCGCGCAGGAGUCGAGCCCGCCGCCCAUGCCGCCCCAGUCGCACCGAGUUGGACCCUUCGAUACGCCAGUGAAAGGCAGCGCUGGGGAUUUUGGCAUGUCGGGUCUUAGCAUUGGAGGCCAUGGCGAGGGCAUCGAUACGGCCAGCCCGGAGACGAAUCCCUUCCAGAGCCCGGCUGCAGACCGUGGAGAAGAUGAGCACGAGGGCAGCAUGGAUAGGGCUCACGCCGCAAAUAUUGGGUCUGAACAGAACUCCAACUUCAGCACUAUUUCUCGAGCCUUCGCUGCUGCCAACGCCUUCGACGGCAGUGACCGCAGCCAAACCUCGAGUGUCGGUGCCAAGGGCCACCCUGCUCUGAGUGCCUUGACUUCGGGUGGUUGGCCCGCAGGUCCGUCCAGCGGUACACCGGAUCGCGAGCGGCCUGCCUAUACCAGCGCAUUUGGAAAUAGUCUCUUCAGCCCAGUUGCCAUGCAGGCCCAGAUGCAGACCCAGGAUCAGGAACAUCUGGGCGACUCGAUUCCCGAUCUCCGACAGAAUAACCCGCUCGGCGCCAUUGGUCGCGGUCCCAUCGGUAGCCAGGCACGCGAAACUGACAGCCCCCUGCGGUCCGGACGGGGAGUUUUCGAGGACCUCUUCCCGUCCGCGGAGUCGGCCAGGCUGCCGUUCACAACCGGCGAACAGGGCCAGCCGGGCCUCACGACAACUACCCAAGGCCAACCCUUCACGCCGACAACAGCACCCGCAGGGUUCUCGGCCGGCCAACCGUCGACAGAGCAAUCAGGCGUUCAGUCUCGUACGAUGGUUAUGCCCGAUCGUAUGAGAUGGGUUUAUCUGGAUCCCCAGGGCCAAAUUCAGGGACCAUUCACGGGACUCGAGAUGAAUGACUGGUAUAAGGCCCAGUUCUUCUCGGCAGACCUGCGCGUCAAGAAGAUUGAGGAUCACGACUUUGAGCCUCUCGGCCAGCUUAUCAGGCGCAUCGGCAACUCUCGGGAGCCGUUCCUUGUCCCCCAGAUCGGGAUCCCCCAUGGUCCCCCGUCUCAGCCGGGCCCCUUCUCCCCUGGCGAUACCCGGGGUGUGGUGCCUCCCCUGCUAGGAGCUUUCCCGAGCUUUGGCAGAACUUUGACGGCCGAAGAGCAGAACAACCUCGAGCGGAGGAAGCAAGAGGAGCAGUUCAUGAUGGCCCGCCAACGAGAGUUCCUCGCGCAUCAGCAGACCUUUGGCAAACUGCAGAUGCAGGGCGCCCCCGGCGUUUCUGGCUCUCUCCAGCACCACUCCAGUGCCCAGAGCUUGCAGAGUCAGCCCAGCUUCGGCAGCAUGACAUCGCCGAUUGGCAUGCCUUCGCAAGCACCAAUUAGCUCUUUGGGCCCGAAUCCGGGCUUCUUUGAAUCGUCUUCGAACAUUGGCCAGGGACCUGCCCAGCCGCCCAUGGGCUCUGCUUCUGAUGCGUUCCCACACGACUUGAAUCUUCAAGAGCGGCAGAUACUGGCCGGCUUGCCAGGAGCUGGCUCGACGACGGGAGGCUUCCCAAGCCAGCCACACGGCGCUCCGUCCGCAGAUGCGAACUUGGGGAGUCAACUCCCUAGCGCCGACCAGCUCCAGAACGACUCGCAAGGCUACUCUGCCCGACUGAAGGAAUUCCACGAGAUUCGCGCCCUGCGGGAUGCCGACGAAGCCGGCAAGUCGGGACUUUCUGGUACGACGCAGGAAAUCACCAAGGAGAAGACCGAUGCGUCUGCCGCACCACCGACUGAGGACAGGGUUGCCGAGAUCAUCAAGCGAGCUACAAGGACGACGGAAAUACAGGACGGGAACAAUGUCACGACUCAGACUCGGGAACAGCUAUCGCUGACCCAGCAAGUGCAAAAUACACAGGCUGCCGCGGCCGCAGCCGUGGCCACGAAGCUGGCGGAGACCGAGGAUGUCUGGAACAAGCAGUUCACCCCCGGCCUCCCAAUGCCUUUCCCUCCGCCAUCAAGCACGCCUCUGCCGGCCCCGAUGGCCCAGCGCGGACGCUCAACGCUCCCGACGCAGUUCAACACCCCUUCGCCUUCCGGGACCCCCGACACCACCUCAGAACCUCCGCAACCCCCGCCAUUGGCUCCCUGGGCUACCCAGCCCGGCACCGGGUCACAGAAGGGACCGAGCUUGAAGGAGAUCCAGGAGAUGGAGGCGAAGAAGGCGGCAAGGGCGGAAGAGGCGGCUGCCGCAGCUCGACGUGCACUUCUUGUGCAGGAGGCCACGGCCCUUCGUGAGCGGGAGAAGGCGAGCGCGUCUGUGGCCUCGGGCCUUCCAUCCACCAGCACGUGGGGCACCGGUUCCCCGGUCAAUGUGCCGAACAGUGGCAGCCCUUGGGCCGCCAAGCCCGCGGUAGGAAAGACUGGAGCCCCUGGCUUGGCAGCAGGAGGCUCCAGCUCCGGCGCAGCGCAUAAGAAGACGCUCGCCGAAAUCCAGCGGGAGGAGGAAGCCCGCAAGAACAAGGCAAAGGAGGUGACGGUGCAGCAGCCUGUCGCGGCACCUCCAUCGAGCAUGGGCAAGCGAUACGCCGACUUGGCUAGCAAGACUUCGGCCCCGCCGGGCCUCGCAAAUCACAGCGUGGCGCCUGCUGGUCCCGGGGCGAGCGGAGGAGCGCAGCCGUCCUUGGGCGGUUGGGCCACAGUCGGGGCUGGCGGUAAGGUCAAGAUCCCCACGGGCCCCGCAGCCCAGACUCGCACAGCGAGUUCCGGGAUCGUGAAGCCGAGCACACCAGCUGCGGCGAAGCCCGUGUCGAAGCCCGUCAGCAACCCUGUCGCUAAGGAAAAUGGUGACGCGGCGAUGGAGGAGUUCAACAAGUGGCUGCACCGCGAGCUCUCGCGGGGCCUGGACGGUAUCAAGGACAUCGAUGCUUUCGCAUCCAACCUCCUAGGAUUCCCUGCCGACACGUCGAUCCUGGCCGAUGCUGUUUAUGCGAACAGCUCGACCAUGGACGGACGUCACUUUGCCGAGGAGUUUGUGCGGCGCAAGAGGCUCGCCGACAAGGGCAUCAUCGAGAAGCAGCCAGCCAAGGGCGCCUCGGGCGGCAGCGGCAAGAACGACAGCGAGGGCUGGAGCGAGGUUGCCAAGAAGGGAGGCAGCGGCGGAGGCGGCGGCGGUAGCGGUCACAAGGACGAGUCGGGGAUCCCCGGCGGGCAGUUCAAGGUCGUCCCCAGCCGUAAGAAGGGUAAUGGCCAGCCGCUCGCUUAUCCAAGCGCGGCGACCACACUGGCAGCCCAGCUCCAAUGGGGAGAAUACGACCGGGUCCUGACAAGCGACCCCGCCAAGCGGCAUAUCCAGCGGUUCGCGGACUCCCUGCACGAGGGGGUGGUCUCCUCCUCCUCCUCCCCCUCCUCCUCACCUAACGACGACGACGGUAACGACAAUGCCGCGAAGCUCGUCGUUGGCCUCGCGGCCCUCAACGCCUUCCUGCAGACCAACGUCACGGGCCCCGCUCUCGCCGACGCGGCCCGCGUCGAGGCGAUGUUCACCGCAGCAGCAUCCCGCGCCGGAGGCACGCUAGCGUCGCUGCGACGCCUCUGCCUCACGUCUCUCGACGUCGACGGCGUGGCCGCCUACCCGUACGUCUCCAACGUCGAGCUCUUCUGUCUCGCGCGACACAUCCUCCUCUCCAGCGGCGGCGGUUCCCCCGACGAUGACGACGAUACGGCGGCUGUCCUGGCGGGCGCAGGCAGGAGUUCUCGGCUCAGCCUGGCGUGGCUCCGGCUGCGCGUCCACGCGUGGCACUACAGGCUUCUGACGCAGCCGAGCCUGGGCGCCGGGUCGGCGUACAACAAGAGCUCGCAGUGGAGCGACGUCUCGAGCCUGGAGGAGCUCAUCGAGGCGGGGCUAAAUGCAGUCGAGGAGGCUGUCCUGCGGGAUGGCACGGUGGAGGAUAAGGUGCUGUUCCUGGUCGAGAAGGCCAACACGUGCAUCAUGCUGGGGCAGGAUGUGAGGGCGAGGGCGGCUCUGAAGCAGGCCGCCGAGCUGAACGGGUUUUCAUAUGCCCUGUCCGGCGCCCUCGGGAAGCGGACGAGAUUCCAGCAGAAGAGCACCAGUCAGCUGGUUGUCCUCGCCAAAAGUAAUGCUAUUGCUGGGCACGACACUACAAAGGGGGAUUCAGGCGCGGCAGAAGGCCCGCAGGCCGUCCCCGAGGCGUUGGCGCUGAAUGACGAUACCCUUCUGGAACAACUUGAGUUUACCAAGGAGACUGCCGAGCAGAGCACGACGCCCAACGGCAUCCCUCCCGAGCUUGAGGAUCUCUCCCCCGACGAGCAACCCCAGCUGUCACCCCUGGACCAAAUCAUACUGCUCACCGAGGCGACGCUGAAGGAUGCCUUCUCGCCGGCAGAUAGCCUGACGUCGGAGGAGAUCCUCCCCUUCGCGGUCAGGGUCAUCUCGGACAAGUCGACCAACUGGCAGAUCUACACCCAGGCACUGCUCGUCCGGUCCAGGAUAGAGGUCCACCGCAGCCGGACCGUCGAGAGGGGCGUCCUCCAGAUGCAAGCCGUGGUGGACCAGGUCAUCGUUGACACCACGGCGCCCUCCGCGGAUGUCGCCCCGAGCAGCACCAACGGAGCCAUCGACGAGGUCCAGAGUAGCACCGUCCCGGCAAUCAAGGUUUGUGGUCCGGACGAGGAGCCCGGUCCGACAGUCAACAACGCCCAACCAGCGCCACGCGACAAGCCGACGACCUUCUUCCCAGCGGCUCGGCAGACGGAGACCGCUCCUGCGCAAGUCCGGCUGGAAUACGUCCACGCCCUGGCGUCGGCCCCGAGAUGGCACCUGGAGUCGGAGCUCGCGCACUCGUGGAUCGGCGUCGGGGCCUUCGUGUCGGCUCUGGAGAUCUUCAAGCGACUGCGCCUCUGGGCCGAGGUCGCCCUCUGCCUAGCCGGCAGCGCGUCCGCAGACGACGAGGGCGGCAGAGGUAGUGGCCCGGAGGAGAACGCCCGGGCCGUCCUGCGAUGGCGCCUAUUCCGACGGACGAGUGAUACGACCGCAACAGUACCUGACAAGGAGGCAGACGCGCCCGAGGACGACGACAACGACGACAACAUCGACAUCGAAGACCUGAAGGCAGCGGAUUACGCCGGGCCGGAGCGCAACCCGCCCCCCGCGAACGCACCGCGGCUGUUCUGCAUCCUCGGCGACAUCGAGGACGAGCCGGCCCACUACGAGCGCGCCUGGGAGGUGUCCGGGCACCGGUUCGCCCGGGCCCAGAGGUCGCUCGGUGAGCACCACCUUCGGCGGAGGGACUGGGCCGGCGCCCGCGAGGCGUACAGGCGGGCCGUCGCCGUGAACCGCCUAAGCCCGGAGCUGUGGAACCGGCUCGGGGACAUCAGCCUUCGGCUGGGCGACUUCUCCGACGCGGCGGAGGCGUUCGGGCGGGCCAUCGCGUCGGCCGACGAUGGCGUCGGAGGCGAGGACGCGAGGACGUGGAGCAACCUCGGGACCGCGCUCUACAGCAUGUACGUGGAGCGGGUGGGCGAGGUGGAGAAGGAGCGGGAAGACCGGAAGAAGCGUACCGACGACGAUGACGACGACAAUAACGAGCCGCCGACCACAGAUGCAGGCGAGGACGGCGAAGAACCGGGCGAACAACGACAAGUAGACUCCCCCCGGAAGCAGGACCCUUCAACCCUCCUCUCCCAAUCCCUCGCGGCCUUCAAGCGCGGCGCCUCGAUAUCAAACGACAACUGGCGCAUUUGGGACAACGUCAUCACCCUCGCGGCGCGCGUGCGGCCCCCCCGCGUCGCAGACAUGAUCCUGGGUCUCUGGCACGUCAUCCGCAUCCGCGCGACCGAGGACGCCCUCGACGCCGACGUCCUGCGCACCCUCGUCUCGGGGGCCGUCCUCUCCCGCCCGAGACCUGACAUCCAAGGCGACGACCAGGGACCAGCAGCAGCAGUGGCGGUAGUAGACCUCCCCCGAGGCUCCCCCGAGAAAGCGGUCUGCGACCUCCUCGAGACCGCCGUCGCGCCCCUCAUCACCUCCCGCGCAGACCUCUGGUCCCUGAUCUCCCGCGCACGCGCCUGGCGCCGGGACGGCGCCGGCGCAGUGGACGCGUCGGAGCGGGCGUGGCGGGCCGCCAUGGCCGGCGCCGGCGUCGGCGUCAGCGCUGCCUUGCUCUCCUCGCCCUCCUCCUCAGACGGCGGCAAAAGCAAGAACUGGCUCGAGGACAAGGGCGCGUGGGAGGACGUGGUGGAGCGCACGGACGAGCUCGUCUCGGCGCUGGAGAACUACGGGCCCGACGUUGCGGCUGUCGGUGCCCGCUGGAAGGCCAAGGCGCGGAGCGCGGUGCGGAGCGUCAUGGGCAAGGCGAGGGAGGCCUGGGAGGGGACCGAGGGGUGGGAGAGGCUGGGGGCGAUGCUGGAGGGGCUGCGGUGA